AUGCAUGUCGUUCUCGACCAAUGGCCCUUCUUUUCGUUCAUUCAUUCGCUGCUCGAAGCGAUCCGCCCAUUGUUGCCGGCGGAAAAAUGCCCCAGAUGGAUUGUUGACUGGCGAAACAGGCUUGCGGCAGACAGAGGUGCUUUCCCCUAG